AUGACCGCUGUAACUAGAUGUCGCGCGACCUGUCGUUCUCCGCUGUUGCUAGUCCCUCGUGAGAUGGCGGAUGUCGAUCGACUGAAUGUUGAUAACGUUAUUGCAAAACUUCUUGAAGUUCGAGGUUCAAGACCUGGCAAAUCUGUUCAACUCUCUGAGUCUGAGAUCCGUGCUCUUGCUAUAAAAGCACGAGAAAUUUUUCUGCAGCAGCCUGCAUUGCUUGAGCUCGAGGCACCAGUAAAAAUUUGUGGGGAUGUUCAUGGACAGUAUUACGACUUGCUCCGACUUUUUGAAUAUGGGGGCUUUCCGCCUGAAGCAAACUACCUAUUUCUUGGCGACUACGUUGAUCGCGGAAAACAGUCACUCGAAACGAUUUGUCUUCUACUGGCUUACAAAAUCAAGUUCCCAGAAAAUUUUUUUCUUCUGAGAGGGAAUCACGAAUUUUUCUUAUUGAUGAUGUUCGCCAAAGGCAAGCGACGAUAUAACAUCAAGUUAUGGAAGGUUUUCACGGAUUGUUUCAAUUGCUUGCCUCUAGCAGCUAUUAUUGAUGAGAAAAUAUUUUGCUGUCACGGUGGUCUUUCGCCUGAUUUGCAUAGUAUGGAUCAGAUUCGUAGAAUCACCAGGCCAACAGAUGUUCCAGAUCAGGGAUUGUUGUGCGACUUGCUAUGGUCUGAUCCAGAUAAGGAUGUUACCACUUGGGGAGAAAAUGAUCGCGGUGUUAGCUACACAUUUGGUGCGGAUAUCGUCUCAAAGUUCCUCGCUAAGCAUGACUUCGACUUGAUCUGUCGCGCUCAUCAGGUACGUGAGGUGUUUCAUUGUUUUGUACGGCGUUGGAAUCAAAAAUUCUUCUACUUGAUCCAGUCGGACAAUAAUUCCUCCCUUGUGAUACUUUUGUUAGAUUAA